GGUCCAGGUAAGGUAUAUGAGGGCCUCAGUUCGUGCCUCGCCUGGUACUCUAGCCUCGCUGUCCACUAAUACAAUCGUUGCAAAUUCAAAAAUUAUCAAGAUGGGCGCCCUUCGGAUGAUGAUACUGGCGAUGACGAUAACCUUGACCAUCGCCCAGCAGGGCUACGAGGACUUCCCCCAAGAGUACGACGCGAAUCCCCGUCAGGGUCAGCCAACGCCACGCAGCUACGCCAGUGGUUCGCCGGCAGAGCAGCGCCCCCAGGCACCGGCGUCCCCGAAACCGACGCCCGUUGCAAUUUUAAAACAGAUAAACCGUCACAACGAGGACGGCUCUUACACAUACGGUUUCGAGGGAGCCGAUGGUUCCUUCAAGAUUGAGACGAAACUUGCCAACGGUGAGGUUAAGGGAAAAUAUGGAUUCGUCGAUGACGGAGGCAAGGUGAGAAUCGUGCAGUACGGUGCGGAUCAGUACGGUUUCCAACCGGAGGGUGAGGGCAUCACAGUAGCUCCACCGACCCUCGUCGACGAGACAACCAACAGAGAGGGCCUCCAGGGUCAGAACCUGGACUACCAAGACUACCCACGACCGGCUCCGCAGCAGGCCCCCGCCAGGCCCCAGUACCGCCCUGCAGCCCAACCUGUCCCUGCGCCGCCUGCACCACCACAAUACCGCGCACCAGCCCAACCUGCCCCUACCCAGUACCACACAGAAGCCCUCUACGGGUCAGGCCCAAAAGGCCCAGUCUUCUCUCCCGC